CGGCUCACCUGCUCCAGCGAGAUCGCCGCUCGCGCCGAGGAUGGACGGCAGCCCCGGGUCGCCGUCGCCGGAGACGGACGAGAUCGUCGUGAACCUGCCCACUGCUGCUCCAGAGCCUUGCGCCCAGCAAACGAAUGAAACCAAAGCAAAACCAAAAAGAAAGACACUUUUUUCUUUCUACAAGAAGGUGCCUACUGAAGGGGGCAGGGAAGAUGGUUUGGUUGAUCAAAUUUCUCAAUUAGAUGAAACUCCAGUAGCAGCUCCAAUUGUAUUACAUGAUGAAGCGACACCUGCACCCAAAGUUCCGAAAUUAAAUUCAGAUGGUAGUGUUUUGAUUGUGGAACGCGAUCCUGGUUUACGAGGUCAAAUUUGGGACUAUCCUGUUAAUGAACAAGAUCGAGCUCGCAGAAUAUAUGUUAUGCUUGGCCCAUAUCAGUUUGUGAAGGAUAAGUACCCAUAUUCUGGUCCAAAGUUGCAUCCACGUUGCUUUCAAGCUCAUUGGUUCAAAGAGUUUUCUUGGUUAGAAUACUCACCUGCAAAAGAUGCAGUAUUCUGCUUUCCUUGCUAUUUGUUUUCUAAGAAACCAUGUGGAAGGGCAGGAUCAGAUGCUUUUACGAUGAAGGGUUUUAAAUCCUGGAAAAAAGUGAAAAGUGGAAAGGAUUGUGCAUUCUUAUCUCACAUGGGAAGUGAUAGCAACUCUGCUCAUAGUUACAAUAUGACAUGUUACAAUAAUUUGAAAAAUCAACUUGGGCAUAUUGAUAAUAUGAUGGAGAAGAGAACAACUCUAGAAGUCAAGAGGAAUAGGCUUCGACUAAGAGUAACAAUUGACACAAUCCGGUGGCUGGCAUUCCAAGCUUGUGCUUUUCGAGGACAUGAUGAAUCUAAAGAUUCAAAAAACCAAGGUAAUUUUCUUGAGAUGGUGAAGCUUCUAGCUGAAUAUGAUGAUGAGGUCAAGGCAGUUGUAUUAGGCAAUGCUCCAGGUAAUGCAAAGUAUACCUCACCAACAAUUCAAAAAGAAAUCCUUGAUAUUAUGGCUUGUAAGGUGCAAAAGUUAAUUCGUGAUGAAAUUGGAGAUGCAAAAUUUUGCUUGAUCGUUGAUGAAUCAAGAGAUGAAUCUAGAAGAGAACAAAUGGCACUUGUUGUUCGUUUUGUUGACAAAGAUGGUUUCAUUCGAGAGCGCUUUCUAGAUAUUGUUCAUGUGCAUGAUACAUCAUCAGCAACUCUUAAGGAAGAAUUAUCCUCUUUGUUAUCUCACCAUGGAUUGGAUGUUCAGAAUAUUAGAGGGCAAGGGUAUGAUGGUGCUAGCAACAUGCGUGGAGAGUGGAAUGGGCUUCAAGCAAAAUUCAUGGCAGAGUGUCCUUAUGCAUAUUAUGUCCAUUGCUUUGCUCAUCAACUACAACUAGCUCUUGUUGCUGCAUCUAAGGAAGUAGCCGAGGUGCAGAAUUUUUUUGAUCAUCUCACAUUUGUUGUCAAUUCUGUUGUGUCUUCUAGUAAGAGAAAUGAUGACUUGCAUGCUAAUCAAGUGGCUGAAAUGGAACAUCUCAUUGAACUUGGUGAGCUUGAAACCGGGAGUGGAGCUAAUCAAAUUGGGACUUUGAAGCGGUCUGGUGAUACUAGAUGGAGCUCCCAUUAUGAUUCAGUUUGCAGCCUUAUAAAAUUGUACAAACCUACAUACUUGGUUCUCAAGGAUAUUGCUAAUACAUCAAGUAAUACACCAACAAUUAGAGGGAAGGCUGCUGGUGCUAUUAGAUUGAUGAUGACAUUUGAGUUUGUAUUUAUCUUGCAUGUUGUAAAAGAAAUCAUGGGAGUCACGGACCUACUCUGUAAGAAGCUGCAACACAAAUCUCAAGAUAUUGUGAAUGCUAUGGAUGAUGUUGCAACUACAAAAAGGUUGAUUCAGGACUUGAGAGAUCAAGGAUGGACCAAGCUUAUUAAUGAUGUGACCUCCUUUUGCAGCAAGCAAGGGAUUGUUGUUCCAAAUAUGGGAGACCGCUAUGUGGAUUUUAUUAGAUCCCGUGAAGAUGACGAGACUACCGUUGAGCAUCACUACAAAUAUGAUAUCUUCACAGUUGCAAUUGAUCAACAAUUACAAGAGUUGAAUAGCAGGUUCAGUGAACAAGCAACAGAGCUUCUCAUUUUGUGUACAUCUUUGGAUCCAAGUGACUCAUUCAGCUCAUUCAACAUCGAUAAUGUGUGCUCUUUAGCUUCAAAGUUCUACCCUGCUGACUUUACCGAACAAGAGAGAGCAAACUUGAGAUGUCAGCUACGCCAUUAUGAGCUUGAUGUACCUAGCAAUCCAAGGUUUCAAAAUUUGACAAGUGUAGCUGAUCUUUGUCGUCGACUUGUUGAAACUAAAAAAGUAGAUGAUUAUCAUUUGAUUGAUAGGUUGAUUCGCCUUGUUCUUACUUUGCCAGUCUCAACUGCAACUACAGAGCGCGCAUUUUCUGCAAUGAAACUUGUGAAGACUAGGCUCCGAAAUAAAAUGGAAGAUGGAUUUCUAAGAGAUUGCUUGGUGCUCUAUAUUGAGAAAGAGAUAGCAAUUAAAAUCACAACGGAUUCAAUUAUCGAUGAUUUCAAUGCAGUUAAGGAGCGUGCGGUUAGAUUCAAAGACUAAAGUAAGUUAUAUUGACCCUUUUGCCAACAAUCUUUUGUAUGAACAAUCAGUUCCAUAAUAUAUUUGUACAUGGUUCUGCAAAUUAUUAGAA